CCGUCCAACAAGACCUUCAGAAUAAAAAGAAUCUUGGGCAAGAAGCAAAAGCAAAACAGACCCAUUCCUAAUUGGAUUCGUCUGAGGACAAACAAUACCAUUCGAUACAACUCCAAGAGACGUAACUGGAGACGCACUAAGCUCAACCUAUAA